GGGGCGGCCGCUGGGCAGCGUCCUCCCGGGGCAGGCACACAAACACCGCGAGCCGCGCGGGGCCGGGGUUGGCGCGACGGGGACCGAGCGAGCGAGGGAAGCGGCGGGACCGGCGGGGCCGCCCCUCCUCCUUUCAGCGCUCCGGCGGCGGCGGCCGGCGCAGGACAAUGGAAGAGGCGGCAGCGACGGUAGCGUGCGCGGCGGGGGGGCCUUGCCCGGCGGAUCGCACGGGAGCGGCGGCGCUGAGCGGGGAGAACGAGGCCGAGAGCCGGCAGGGGCCGGCGGAGCGCGGCGGGGAGGUGGCCCCGCUCAACCUGUUGGACACUUGCGGCGUGUGCGGGCAGUCCAUCCAGAGCCGGCGGCCCAAGCUGCUGCCCUGCCUCCACUCGGUCUGCCUCCGCUGCCUGCCGCAGCCCGAGCGCUACCUCAUGCUGCCCCCCGCUAUCCCCUUCUCGGCCGUCGGCACCCCGAAGGAGCCGCAGCCGCCGGUGCCCUCCUCUUCGUCCGUCUCUUCGCCGGCCUCACCCUUGCACUGCACGCCUGUUGGUGUUAUCCGCUGUCCAAUCUGUGGUCAGGAAUGUGCAGAGAGACACAUUAUAGAUAACUUUUUUGUGAAGGAUACCACAGAGGUUCCCAGUAGUACAGUAGAGAAAUCAAAUCAGGUCACCUUUAAUGAAAAGGAACUGCUUCAAACUCCAAGUGACAACAAGAGAGGGGUCAACAACCCUUGUGUUUUAACUUCAUUUCUCAGAAGAUACUUGCUUUGAGAGGCAACAUGAUGCAGAAGAAUAAGCACAGCACUGGGAAUCUGGAACGCCUAUAUUCAAAUUCCAGUUCUGUCAGUAACUUGCUAUGUGGCCUAAGGUCUGUACAAGCUGUGACGACAAUGCAGAAGCUAAUGGGUUUUGUGUGGAAUGUGUAGAAUGGCUGUGCAAGACCUGCAUCAGAGCUCACCAGAGGGUUAAGUUCACAAAGGAUCAUACUGUAAGACAGAAAGAGGAAGUAUCUCCAGAGGCAGUUGGUGUGACCAGUCAGCGACCUGUGUUUUGCCCUUACCACAAAAAGGAGCAGUUGAAAUUAUAUUGUGAAACCUGUGACAAGUUGACCUGCCGAGACUGUCAGUUACUAGAACACAAAGAGCACAGGUACCAGUUUAUAGAAGAAGCUUUUCAGAACCAGAAAGUGAUCAUUGAGACACUAAUCACCAAAUUGAUGGAGAAAACUAAGUACAUAAAAUAUACAGGGAAGCAGAUCCAAAACAGAAUUCUUGAAGUGAAUCAAAAUCAAAAGCAGGUAGAACAAGAUAUUAAAGUUGCCAUAUUUACACUCAUGGUGGAAAUAAAUAAAAAGGGAAAAGCUUUGCUGCAUCAGUUGGAGACUCUGGCAAAAGAGCAUCGAAUGAAGCUUCUGCAGCAACAACAGGAAGUGGCAGGUCUCUCUAAACAGCUGGAACAUGUCAUGAAUUUUUCCAAAUGGGCAGUCUCCAGUGGGAGCAGCACAGCACUACUGUACAGCAAACGCUUGAUUACAUAUCGACUACGAUAUCUUCUCCGAGCAAGGUGUGAUGCUUCACCAGUGACUAACAAUACCAUCCAGUUUCACUGUGAUCCUAGCUUCUGGGCUCAAAAUAUUUUCAAUCUAGGUUCUUUGGUAAUUGAAGAUAAAGAAACCCCACCACAUAUGCCCAAGAACCCUGUGAUGGAAACAAACUUACAGCCACCAGGCAGCUUACCUUCAAACCAGCUCUCCAAGUUCCCAACGCAGAUAAGCUUAGCCCAGCUCCGACUUCAGCACAUGCAGCAACAGGUCAUGGCUCAGAGACAGCAAGCUCAACGCAGAGCAGGUCCAGUAAGUUUACCAAAUCCAAGAAUGCCAGGAGCCAUGCAGCAACCUCCUGCUUCUCAUCAGGCACCUCCACGCUUGAUUCAUUUUCAGAAUCAUAGCCCCAAGUCUAAUGGUUCAGCUCUUCCUGCACAACAGAUGAGAUUUCCCCAAACUCAGAACCUACCAAGGCAAGCAAUAAAACCCAACCCACUGCAAAUGGCAUUCUUGGCACAGCAAGCUAUAAAACAGUGGCAGAUCGGUAGUGGACAAGCUUCAACUGCCCCUUCAACUGCAAGCAGCACAACAUCUACUCCAUCCAGCCCCACAGUCACUAGUGCUGUAGGAUGUGAUGGGAAGACAUAUGGUCCCCCUGUGAUAGAUUUGAGUUCUCCAGUGGGUAGCUCCUACAAUCUACCAUCUCUUCCUGAUAUUGAUUGUUCAGGAAACAUCACACUGGAUAAUGUUGUAAGGAAGGAUGACACUGCAGAGCAGAAUCAGCCAAAACCCCCUUCAAACAGAACUGUGCAGUCACCAAAUUCAUCGGUACCAUCACCAGGCCUCUCAGGAGGUGUCAGUGUGACAAACAUACACCCUCCAAUUCGUUCACCCAGUGCCUCCAGUGUUGGGAGCAGAGAGAGUUCUGGCUCCUCCAGCAGGCCACCAGGAGCUGAUUCUACGCACAAAGUCCCAGUUGUUAUGUUGGAGCCAAUCAGAAUUAAACAGGAGUCAAGUGCACCAAAUGAGAACUUUGAUUUCCCAAUUGUUAUAGUGAAGCAAGAAACAGAGGAGGAAUCCCGGCCUCAGAAUGCCAACUUUUCAAGAAGCAUACUUACUUCAUUGCUGCUAGAUAACAAUAAUAAUGCCACUUCUGAUGAAGCUGUCUUAAGAACAGAUGCACCAGACAGCACAGAUGAUCAGCCAGGGAUACUGCAGGAGAACUCAUCCAGUGCGAAGACAGGAUGGAUAGGCCCCUCUCACACAGGGGAGGGCAGAAAAGAGGAUGAUCCCAAUGAAGAUUGGUGUGCAGUAUGUCAAAAUGGAGGAGAGCUCCUUUGCUGUGAGAAGUGUCCCAAAGUAUUCCAUCUUUCUUGUCAUGUCCCUACAUUGAUGAGCUUUCCAAGUGGAGAGUGGAUUUGUACCUUCUGUAGGGAUUUGUCCAAGCCAGAAGUUGAAUAUGACUGUGAUAAACCUGAUCACAAUUCUGAAAAAAGAAAACUGGAAGACACUGUGGGUUUGGCGCCAAUAGACCGCAGGAAGUGUGAAAGACUGCUGCUGUACCUCUACUGUCAUGAAAUGAGUCUUGCUUUUCAAGAUCCAGUUCCUCCCACAGUUCCUGAUUACUACAAAAUAAUCAAAAAGCCUAUGGACUUGUCAACCAUCAAGAAAAGACUUGAAGUGACCAAUUCAUUCUACACAAAGCCAGAAGAUUUUGUGGCUGAUUUCAGACUGAUUUUCCAAAACUGUGCUGAAUUUAAUGAGCCCGAUUCAGAAGUGGCUGAUGCUGGCAUGAAACUUGAAGCAUACUUUGAAGAUCUUCUAAGGAACCUUUAUCCUGAGAGAAAGUUCCCUGUACAACCCAACUGCCAGAGUGAAAAGGAUAAUCCAGAACUUACUGAUGACUCAGAUGAUGAUGUUGUACAGCCCCGGAAAAAACGCCUCAAAGGAGAAGACCGUCAGUUGCUCAAAUGAGCUGCAUGUGUUGCUACAGAACGUUUUUUAAAAACUAAAAGUGUUUAUCAAUCACUAUUAAUUGUGAAAAGGGAAAAAGUCGUAACUGCUUUGACUUGUAGUUUGUGGAUAUUUACUAGACUUUCCGCCCCUUGUCUGAAACACAAAUCUAAUGGAGAUUAAGGCACAUGGAAAGCUUCUCUAAAGUUCCAAGCUUUCGUCGUACUUCUGGAGCAGCACAGAAAAUGCCAUUUGCGUGGCAUGACAGCUGUUUAACUUUACUUUGACAAAGAAAUUUGUAUAGAACUGAACUUUAAAACAUUACAUGGGUUCAACAUGUGGCUUUCUGAGUUUGAAGAAAAUGUGAUCUCACCAGACUUUUUAAUUUUACCAAAGGCAUGUGGCUGGCCAUGAUUUGAUUUCUUUGUACUGUAUUUAACACAAGCCAUGAAAACAGAUGGUGUAAUAUUGUCCUGCAAUACUGACUCAUACAAUGAAAGUGUAGUUACCCCCAAAGAAGUUAUUGGUAAUUUUAAAAUGUAAGGGAGAGUGUAUUAAAAAUAACUUAAAAAAAA